UGCUGAAGCUUGAAAGGGAGAGCCUUCACCUGCUGUGAGUGCUUGGUGUAAACAGGUGUUGGGAUCUCUGAGAGCUGCCAGCAGCUGCUCCACUGAUGCAUUUUGUACUAAAUACACCCCUCCUUUCCCUGCAAGAAGAAAGGUGAGCCCUGGUCGGGAGGGGCCCAACGGGGCUGGGGGAGAUCUGGGGACUGCGGCCCCCCAGGGCUGCUCCUGCUGCCCCACAGCCCCGUCUGCUCCUGCAGGGAGCUCUGCUGCAGAGCGGGGCCUGAGCCCAAAGCCUGCAGGAACUGGCGAUAGAGGCUGAAAGCAAAAGGGGAUGAAAUCUUAAUUGGAUCUCCACCGCCCUGCAGAGAAACGCGUUUGGAUUAAAACGAAACGGAGCUUUGUACUCUCAGGGUUUCAGAGCCGGAACGGGAGAGGAAUUAUUCACAAUUCCUAUUAGAGAGAGAGGAGAGCUUUUCCAGUGAACUUGUCCUUGUGAAUUUCAUCUUGUCAGAAAUGGUGGGGAGCUGCGGGACGGCACACUGGGACAGCGCUGACCGCAGUGCACAGCCCGGAGCGCGGCGGUCCGCUCAGUCCCGUGGCCCCGCUCGCUCCGUUCCUCGUCCUGCGCUCCUGUUCCCGCUCGCCGGAGCUCUGCAGAACUUGCCACACAUCUCGGUAUUUUCUCUUUGUGAACUUCUAUCAAUAUUUAACGCAGCAGUGUCGGUUUUGCUGUAAGAUGAGAGGAGCUACGAGAAGCCUGAAUUAUACAUGGUGCGACGGGGAGGCUGGGGAGCUUUCAGUGAGCCGAGCGCGGCGCCGCGGCCAUGGAGGAGCUCCAGCAGAACCCCGGGCAGCGGCCCCGCAAAGUGCGCUUCCGAAUCUCGUCGGCGUGCAGCGGCCGCGUGCUGAAGCAGGUCUACGAGGACGGGCAGGCGUUGGAGCCGCCGGCCGUGGAGCAAUCCCGGCGGCUGCGGCACAGCUUUGAGCCCGGGGUGCCGCCCGACGGCCCCGCGCCGGGACCCCCGCAGAGCAGCGGCUGCGGGGGGGAUGGGAGCGGCCCCGGCUGCCCCCCCGCCGGCAGCGGGCUCUAUGGGGCUUCCCCAGUUAUUGACUUUGGUCAGAUCAUCAUCUACACCAACAACCUGAAAAUCAUCCGUGCGCCGAUGGACCAGAGAGAGCUCAUGAGAAGGAUCAUCCAGACAGAGGGGGUGAGCGACUGGGCCUUUGUGUACAGGGAGAGGAGAGAAAGAAUUGGUGCUGGGCAUAAAAAGGAUGUGGAAAAGAAGGCUGUCUGCAGCCAGUACAUGCAGGAAAGAGGUGCUGAGCGCACUUGCUCCCAGUGUAAAGGAUCAGGCUGUGCUCCUUGCUCGCUGUGCCAUGGCAGCAAGUUUUCGAUGCUGGCAAACAGAUUCAAGGAGUCCUACAGGGCUCUGCGCUGCCCAGCCUGCAACGAGAGCGGCGUGCAGCCCUGCCAGGUCUGCGCUGCGUGACGGAGCUGCGCUGCACCCGGGGCUGCGGGAAGCUUUGCGUUAUUUCACCUCGAGCAGCUCUGCUCUCAUGGGGACUUUUUAAAGAUGGGAGCAGUACGAUUCGGGAGAUCGCCAUAAAUACGAACGCAGCGCCUCUGCUCCAUGCUGUUCCUCUUGUCUGUUGCACACAUUUGCUCAAUCGGAGCCCCGUCCUGCAAAUGCACAGCCACGUGAUGUGAUCUGCACGUGGGGGCUGAGACCUGCAGGACUGCACCUGGCACCGGGAGCCCAGCGUGGGCAGUGCCUGCAGCACUGCUAUGGAAGCAGCAGGCAGCAGCAUGGGCACAGCUGGGUGUGGGUCUGUGCCACGGCAGCACAGAGUGGUGCCUCCCCUGGGCUUUAAUUUGCCAAGCACGUUAACAUCAGACCAUCUUCUGUAAUUACCUCUGAACUCGUGGUGUCACGAACUUUUCCUGAAGAUUUUGCUGAUUCUUACGUCUGUUUUAAUGGACACAACGAUUGUUUUAAGGUUUGGCUUAUGGGGGAAACUGAAAACUUUUCCCAAAUCAGGAGCCAUAGAAACUUACAGUAAUUUAUUAUUCAACUAGAAACAAAUAAGCUUUUAGCCUGCUUAGGAGGAAGUGCUGAACUGAAAUUCCCCUCUCCACUGCUCAGCACUUUUUCUGGAUCGGGCUGGCAGCGAGCAGGACUCCAGUUGCCCAAUAUUAAUCCCAUGAUGUAAUCUGCAGAAGGUAAACUCUAAUUAGUUAAGGUGGAGCAGUGAUGCUGAGCUCUUUGCAGGCUGCCCCUGGUGGUGCAGAAUGCGCGGGAUUCGGGAGCUGGAAGCAAAUGGGGGAAACACGCUGUGUGUUUUUUUUUCUCCCCGAAGCCUUAAAUCAUGGCGCCGCAUAUUCAUGAGCAAAGCCGAGGCUGCGUUCACUUGCGCCGUACCGGUGAGACCGAGGAGCUCAGCGCUGCCCACCUGCGCCGCGCUGAGGCUGCAGGCCCGGCUCGCUGCCAGCUUUCUGUUUGCUGAUGGCUGCGAGGUUUCUCCAAGCUGUUUCAAUGGUUGGAAGCCCUCUCAGCCCUCGGACUUCCACUGAUGAGCCGCUGGAUUUUCUGAGCGGGGACGAAUGAUUUAAUUUUCAAACAAAGCGCACAAAAAUGCAGCUGAUGCUCGUUCCGCUCCAUUUAUCGCGUUGGGAUCUGCAGUGUGAAUAACCGCAGCCCUUCGGCUCUUGGUGAGGGCAGAGGAAUCCUCGCGGCUCCGAGAGCGACCGGGGCGCUCAGCCCCGCAGCGGCCGUUUGAUCCCUGCGGGCCGGCAUCAAAGCUCUGCGGUGAGAACAAAGCAGCGGGCGGAGCUGCUGCCUGAUCCUUCAAUGUCUACGGCAGAGCUGAUGCAAGCACUCGUCGCUGAGGUCACCGCUGCCUGCUCGGUGAUUGCGCUGCUCUCGGCAGCCGUACGGCCGGGCUGUGGGUGGCACAUAAAGGCGGUGAUGUGGGGCUGCUGGUCGGACGCCGAGCCCAACUCCUCGCUAAGGGUCCCUGCGGCGCCGUUGCGGCCCCUGACGGGAACCGGGAUGUCCUCUGUGUGAAACCCCAACCCGGGCAAAAUCCGAAUUUCCUCAUGGGCUGAAAUGCCAGAACUUUGGUACAUGUGCUUAGUCUGGAAUCUUUUAUCGAUCGUCUGUUUCUCUUAAUCAUUUACAGCUGCUCUUUUAUUUCCCUACAACAGGGCUGUGGCAAAGAUACAUUUAAGGUUUUCUUUCUCUCUCUCUUUCUCUCUCUUUCCAAAAAAAAAAAAAGUAAACUCCAUGGCCUUUGUCCUGCUGUGGCAGUCCUGGGCCGUGGCUCCCCGCUCGGGCCUCGCACCCGCUUACAGCCCGGCUUACACUGCCACGCUAUGGCUGCCUGUGGAUGUGCUCUGAAACAGAGCUGGAAACCUUUGAGCCAACUUGGGAGGGACGGCAGGGGCUGCCCUUUGCCGAGUCUCCUGGCUGCUCGGCAGCUGGAGGUCGGGGAGAAGCAGGGCUGCUUUAUUUCAUUGUGGAACACAUGAGCCGGCAUAGAAACGCAAACAGAAAUCGUAUUCAGUGUUAAAGUUCUAUAGGACCGAAGAAGGGCAGUUGGAGGUGAGUAGUGAGGCUAAUUAUGACAGCCAGAGGCGCAGAGCAGAAAGGUUAAAAUAAUCCUCAUUUCCAUGUGCCAGCAAAGUGCAUCACUUGCUUUUAAGCAGGAGCUCUGCAUGACUGAAGAGAGGAUUGCCACAGUUGCUCAGAACGCCACAGUUAAAGCUGAUUGCAGCUCUCCUGCUCUUGUUCUUCCUGCCGGGGUUCUGUGGGUGGAAGCAUGGAGUGCUGCAGGGAGGCACAGCUGUUCUCAGAGCACAAAGUCACACAGGCAGUUCGUGGGGCUGCGUCCAUCCCCUCCUGCCCACUCGCACCCCUCGCACUGCCUGCACCGCAGCGUUUGUGCCUCUGCUGCUGGAGUAUUGUUUUAAAUUCCCAUUUAUUCCCAACCACCACCUCUGCAGCACAGUCACAACAUGAAGGAACCUGGAGAGGUUGAGCUGAUUUUGCAGUGUCACCACUUCAUUUCCUUGGAGUUGAAAAAGAAAGAACUGGCAUAUUUAUGCAUUUAAACGCUAUUACAUUUUGCAAGUCUUUGAAGCUGUCAGUUUGAUUUAUGUGGGCUCCAUUUGAUUUUGCUGUAAAACCAGCCCUUCUCUGCUUCGAAAUAUUUCAUUUUUAUACAAAUCAUUACGUGUAACCUGCAGUGAUUUCUUUCUGCUGCUGAACAGAGCGCUGCUGUAAAAGGCCUGCUAUUUCCCCCAAGUAACUUCUAAGAAACAUCGCUGCGGAUGAAAACUGCUGCUUCUGAUAAAUGAUGGCACACAUUCCCAUUAGGAGAGGCAUGAGGGGUCUUAAUUCCCUGGAUUCAGCAUAAUGAGUAAUGGAAUCAAUUCUGUUUGUUGUUUCUUGUGGAAAGCAAUCGAUACAUGUGCAGGAAGAGCGAAUGAGAACAGAAAUUACCGAUUUUAAUUGUCUGUUUUUGCUGGUGGAGGAUGGGAUGCAGCGGAACGUGGCUGUGCUCGGGCACCGCGGGGCGGUCCGGUGCGGGGCUCUGCCCUGAGCGGCCACUUCUGGUGCUGGAGCACAGGGGAGGUGUGUGAGAGCCUGGAGCUGUGGCACUUGGGGACAUGGUUAGUGUGUGUGCUGGGGGUGGGUUGGGGUCGUGCUUGGUGAUCCGAGGGGUCUUUUCUAGCCUUAGUGGUUCUGCAAUUCUGUGUGGCGCUCUGCAUCCGUGCAGUGGGCUCAAAAAACUCUUGAAAAAAAUGUCAUUUCUGUGGUACCGAUGGCUUAAAGACGGUCGCUCUGUGGUGCAGUGUCGAGAAUUUGUUUGGGGACCUCUCGCAAUGAUGGGGUCAGAUGUAAGCGCGCCGAUCUACAGCCGCCCUCCAUGGAGCUGCUCAGCAGCGAAUGGGCCGGGCAGCCCUCUGCGGGGAGCCGAGCCGAGCCGAGCCGAGCUCCGCAGCUCCGGCAUCCCGAGGGGGAACGAACGUCGGCGGGACUCAGGCGGCGCUGCCCGCCCGGGGCCGCCAGGGGGCGGCGUUCAUCCGCAGCGGCCGCCGCCAUCACCGCGCCCGGAGCGAAGCGGAGCGAAGCCGGACGGGACGGAACGAAACGGAACGGAGCGGCCCAGUGCUGCGGGCAGAGCCGGGGGAGCGCGGAUGGCUGCGAGCCCACGUUAAGCACGGCAGGAGCUGCUCGGCUCUGUGCGAGCCCAAGCUUUAGGAGCCCGAGCUCGGCCACACGACGCGAGGAGCCGGGAAAGGAGCAGCGGUCCGGUGUGACAGCGAUGGCAGCGGGCACCACGUCGGGGCCGUGCCGUGCCGUGCCGUGCCGUGCUCCCUGCGGGGUUCUGGCGCUGCCGGGGGCGCCCGGCCGUCACUCUGCUCGCAGGCUCGUAAUAUCGUUUAUUUCUCUGUGCUGUGCGGGAAAUUGAGUCUAUUUCUGUUUAAAUACUUGGGUAAUAGAGCCUGCUAUUUAGCGGAAGAUUUAUGUCGAUGGCUCUUUGUUUCACGCGAUUGGGCAUCACUGUGUGUACGUUGCGCUGCUAAUGAAGCUGUGCGGCUGCUGCCAUUUCAGAGCAGAACGACGAGGAGAAGCCUCCAGCCUGCGAGCAACGGGAAGGGAGAGCCUUGUGCUGUUAAAGCCGACCUGUGAUCUGCAGCAAUAGAAGGCAGGAGAGCUGGGCAUGGAACAGCCUGUGCUGGAGCCGAACGUCAGCGCAGAAGCCAAAGUUUUGCUGUGUUGGAAUUUUAGAGCUCCCAUAAAUGCACUUUGUCACUGCAUUACCCAGAUUGAUUUGGUCUUAAAUGCAACUUCUCUUCCUUUUCUAAAGCUUCGUAUUAUUUAACGUUGGUCAUUAUUUGGUGCUCAGUAUUUCUUCAAUCUGGCAUUUUUAUUGUCAUAGGCAAUACAGUAACCUUUAAGAACUGAGUUCAAUACAUUCUCAUAUGCUUUAAAUUUUAUAUUUCAUUAUUGAUGAGUGUUGAUUGCUUUCCACAGAAGGAGUAAGGUCCUUGCAGCCCCAUCCCCUCAGCAGCAGGGCUAUUCCCUGUUCCUGCAUGACAGACUGUGAUGUUUGCGCUGUGCAUUUCUCUCCUGGUAAGGCAGUCCCAUGGAUAAGCAUCUGCAUGGGAACUGCUGAGUCCUGGCCUGAACCACUGAUGGAGCACCUGGGAAAGGACCCAGUCAGAUUUGUCCAUGGGGAUUAUUUGCUGGAGGGAAGUUGUGACAUGCUGUAAUUCCUGAAAUCCUGAGAAAGAUGAUCAUUUGGAGAAGUUCAGAAUGGUGAAACAGCAAAAUUAAUAAGUAAUGCUGACCAGUAUAGCCGGGUUUGGUGCUGGACAUUCACUGCUGACAUCCAUCCUGCAGCCACGGAGACUUCAAGGCAAUGAUUUUCUACAGGAGAGUUUACAAUGAAGAUUUUCUGAGCACAGAAUUUGGUGUUCUGUUCAUGUUUUGUAGGGUAACCUCACAGAAGGGCAGUUCUGCUCAGGUUUGCUGUGUGCUGGGAGCUUUUCCUCAGUUCAUCAUAGAAGACAUGAAGAGGCGUUCUGCCUUCUCUCCUGCUGGCACGAGAGCUGUGCCCCAAGAGCCGUAGGUGGGAAUGGAGUUCAAACCACAGCAUGACCGUUCAUUCGUCUGCUUAUUCUUGAAAGCUGUAUGAUCUUCUUGCUUUAAAUAAAAAAAAAAGUCAUCAAGAAAGCGAAAGUGAGCAUCUCUGCUACUGUAAGCAAUGACAGCACGUAACAGAACCUGUCUUGCAGGCUGCAGGCAGCACACAGCGAGCAGAUGGAGAAACUCGACCACGGAGUCGCUCAGUGCUGUGUUAGAAAUCCAUUAAAAAUGUUGGCUGUGUUUGCAGAGCUCUGGAAAAGAAAAAUGCAGAUGAGCUGUGUGCCUGGAAUACAUGCACAGGCUUUAGUUUUACCCCUGAAGUUGCUCUCCCUGUAAGCAACAGCUGUGUGUAUGCAUUUCAUUUCUUUUAAGCUGUUAGAUGGGGUCUCUGUAGCGGCCUGGCCACAGCUUAUUUCAGAGACACAUUUUGCCCACAAGUAAUAAAUGGCAAUGCAAACAGGUAUUAUGUAGAGGUACAAAAGCAGUUUCGUGUGAGUGACGGAGCUUGGUGAGGAUUCUCCUCACUUCCACUGUGCCUGCCUGACUUCUUCCAGCACCUGGUUUGCAUCCUUCCUAAUGGUGCAAUCGGACAGCCCUUGCUUCUCUUGCACCUGCCCUGGCUGGCUGGAAGAAGUAAGGCUGCUGCUUGCAGAGCCCAGACUCACGCUCAUGUCCCAGCAGCAGCACUGCUGUGUCCUGCAGGAGGUGAGGGGCUGAGGGGAUGGAGCAGACAGAGCAGCAGGAGACAGCGCUGGGAGCUUCAGAUGGAUGAGUGAGUGCGGCUGAGCUCAUGUACUGCGAUGCUAAAUACUGAAUGUUGUGGGAUGAGAGGGACAGGUGAACUGCUCGUGGAACUGUUCUUGGACGUUAAAGACAACGAUCUUUCUAGUCACUUUUUGUUACUGGCAUCAAAUCUAUUCUCUGGCAGCUCUAUUUCUUUAAAUGCAUAACAGCCCCGCAGUGCCCCAUCUCACACGGACCUGUCCCUGCCUUCCGAAGUCGCAAUGAUCUCUGCUGGCGUUAAGCACUGCAAGGGCAAAGCCGGAGCGAUUGUAAGGCUGCAUGAUAAAGGAGCGAUUCUAGCAGAGCAUCUUUGUUACGUAGAUGUGCGGUUUAUCCGUUGUCUCUGAAAUGUUGCAGUAUUUCAGUCAUUUUCACUUCUUGGUUUCUUUUUUAGAUUCCUUUCCCUUGACUUGAAUGUAUAUGGGGUGGAAAGUAAAGGAAGGCUGUAAUGUGGUGUUUGCUAAAUGGAGCUGAGCUCCAAUCUCAGUGUUUAACUGAGAAAUGUUUUGUCACGGUUCCAGAGGGGUGGAAGCUGUGCGCUCUCUGCGGAGGCAGCAGGGCAGGAUGUGCUGUGCCUGCAGCUUCCCUGCCUGUGUGCUGCCAGUGGGAACGCAGGUCAUCAAACUCAAACACUGUGCUUCUACGUGUCUCUUAACCUCUUAUUUAAACCUUACAGGGUUCGUGCAGCUGUGUGGUGCCCGACAGAUGCCGUGUGCUCUGUCCUGUCAGCUGGGCUCUGGCGUGCACUGAAUGCAAUCCCAGCAGGUCUGCAGUGGAGGAAGCUCCCAGCGCUGCCCAGCAGUGUGCGGGAUGCUCGGGGCAGGGCAGCUCAUGGCACAAGGCACAGCACCUCUGGGAUGGAGCAGCUUUUAAGCUGAAGCCACAGAGGUUCGGUGUGUAAUAAGUAGGCAAAGUUUGCUCUGCAUUUCGAGUGCAUCAUUGUGCUCUAAGUAGUGCAGAUUUGGCUCCUUUAACCGUGAUCUCCUGGGGCUGAGCUUUAAGUGUUUGAACUUUAGUUGAAAGGAAUAUAUUGAUUAGGCUUUGAUUUAGUCAUUGCUUGCUGGAAAGAUACCGGGUAACAACUCCUAUCUGCCCAUUUGGAUUUUUAGUCAUUACAUGGAUUCCCCUCUCCUUCCCCUUUUCUUCCUCAACACUUUUCUGCCUAAAAGUCUGCAGUGCUUUGUGAAGAAAUAAAAGAAAAAGCAGCUGUCACACUGUGAACAUAAUUGAUUCAAUAAACAACAUUUUCAAGUCCCCUGGGGUGAACCUCAGCGUCCUCGCUUAUGUCAAUUAGUGCUUUAUUCUGCUAAGUGUGGCACCUCUCCUUGAGAUGGAUGGGCCGAGGCAGUCAGCUCGUUGUCUUCGAGGAGAAGCUGUGAGAGAUGGACUGGUUGCUGUAGAUAGAAAAUACCCCGUUCAUUUGUUAUGGACAUGUGAAAGGAAGCUUUCCUGACCUAUUUGUUAAAGCUAAUUGCCUUUUUUCUUGGUUUUGUGGUUUUCUUUUUUCUCUGAAUGGCCCCAGCUGAGACGUUCUUUUUCUUUUGCUGCAGCAGAGAACAGCCCGGGUUAAGUCUUCACCCAUCUCAGUUGCAGAUAACCUUAUGUCUGCAACAUCGGAGCAAAGUGGAGCAGCAGAGCUGGCAAAGGGGUGCUAUUCAGUGUGCAGAGCGAAGGCGUGGGUGAGGAGGGGUGCUUUAGGUUUUCUUCUACACGGUGACCAUGUUUUCUUUCUUCUGCUUGUACAACAAAUGCAGAGCUGCUUGUUUUGCACUACUGAAGCUUGCACUUGAAUCCAAAUCAAAACUGAGGAGAGCCUUGCUGCAAAACACCACAUCCAGCCCUGGCACAGAGGAGCACUUAACAAACAAAACAGCAAAGCUUCCCAUCCUGAGGGAAGCAGCUCAGUGCAUCCAAAUGGAGGUGGUGGGAAGCACCUGGGGCUGAACUGCCUUGCACCCCAACAAAUCAACAACCCAAAUGGUGCCUUACUAACAGUUUAUUGUCUCACGGUUCCUUUUCCCCUCGCAGAUCCGUUCUUGAGAGGAAACGCUCACCCUGUGGUCCUCUGAUGGUGUCUGUGACUUUGUUCAGUAUUGUUUUCCUACAUUAUAGAGUUACUGAUGUGUAGAACUUCAAUCAUUGCAGACCCAACCACUUGCAAAGAAUACAAGCGAUGGCGUUUCCCUUCUAAGGACGAGUGCAUUGAGAAGCAAGGAGCAGGGGCAGAACUGGAACACAGUGUGUGACAUAACUGAUUUGCUGCGGGAUCACAGCACCUUGGAACAGCGUGGGAGCUGCAAAGAGUCCUUUGUCCUCUCUGGUUCCUCUCUGAGAAGUCAGUGGUGUUUGGUGCCAUGCAGGCAGCAGGGAACCUGCAGAGAGUAAAUAUGGGAUCAAAAAAUGCUUUUUUUCUCCAGGGUGUUACUGUGUACUGUGGGGCUCCUCUUUCUGAUGUGGGAGGUACUGAAGCUGUGUGUAAAGUUGCCAUUUAUCUGUGCUUUUGUUCAGGGUAUUAACAUGAUGGAGAGGCUUUUUCAGGAGCAGCUUGUUGACGGUGCUCCUGUGAGCUGUUGUAAAUGCAGCAUCCUUCUACAGGAGAAAAAGAACCUGCAUUGUUUCCUGGGAACAGAAUAUCUUCAUUGCCAUCGCGACUCCAUGGCUGUUAUCUGGUCUUCAUUGGUACCAUUUUACUGAGGGGAGAGAAUUCCAUGUGUGGAGGUGGGGGGGAAAAAAGAGAAGACUGUAGACUGGAACACUGAUUGUGAAAUCACAGAGAAAAAAUGUAAGCUUGGGAAUGGCAUCUCCUUGUGAAUUUGGUGCACCAUCCCUAGGGACCGCGUUCGAUCAGUGAACACAGAGCCCUGCUGCACAAACAGCCCUCGCUGCCAUGAGGAGCCCCGAGCCUCUCCAGCCCAUUGCUGUCUUUCCCGUAGGCACAAGCACAGCCCAUGCACUGCUCUGAGAUGGACUUCACUGCCCCAAAACAGAGCUCGACCUCAGCAGCGCAGUGGGGCUGUCGCUUCCUGCCUGUGUCAGCACUGCUCGUUAUUACAGCCCUGAUGGCGGUGUUUGGUUACCGUGCUCCCGCCAGUGUAAUUAUACCCAACUGUAAAGAUGUGCCUCGGUACAAGUUUUAAAUUGCGUGCAUCUGAAUUCUUUCAGGAAAUGUUUCUCUUGUUGUGUCUGAGCAGAGGCAGAAGGCUGCAGGGGAUCAGCAGGGUGCAGGAGUGCCCAACACAGAGCAUCUCCUUUGCGUGUCCUCCUCCUGUGACACGUGUAACACUAUGGUAUCACUUCAAACCUUUGGUGUGAAGCUCAGAGGAGCACAGACCCGCUCUGGUGCUUCCCUGCAGCUGCUGCACUGCGCUGGGGGUGGGAGAGCUGUGGUGUAAACCAUCCCAGUGAGCCAGGAACAGAACUGCCUGGAGUGCUGCAUGGUUGGUGUUAUCUGACUGCUGUGAGUUUGGAGUCUGAGUGCCAAACGCCAAAUAUUUAUGAAAUGUAAUGGCCAAGACUAAAUACGUUCAUUAACAUGUUGAUUCUUCUUCAGUUACUGCUUUGAACACCCAAAGAAGCCAUCAAAUGACUUCUAUUCCAAAUGCUUGUAUGAUUUUAGGACUAAUAGUUUUAUUCCUGCGCUGCUCUGGCUUUUGGGAUGAGCACAGUAAGCAGUUGUGUUCUCCCUCCAGCCUGGAAGCAGGAGCUGUGUGUGGCCACAGUGACCCACUAGCAUCCUGUCUGUCCCCAGGAGUUCCCACCUGUGCCUUCCCUGGGAGCAGUGGCUCCUGAGCCUGGGGUUCCUCCCAGACCUCACUGUGGCCAAAUGCUGCACUCACUGAAGCCACGUGCAGGGAAUGGUGGGCACAGA